UGGAUAGCCAAUGUGGGGCCUUCAUUUCACUCUGCUUUGACUUUGACUGUUGCGGUGAAGCCGCUACGAAGAAAACUCCCACCUUCCUCCCACUUUCCUUCGUUCUUCACCCUUUCGUGUUCUUCAUCGUCUGGAUAAAACCCCCAUUUCCUCCAUUCUUAGCUCCUCAAACUCCCUCCUCGAUUCGAGGCCUUCCCGAUUUCCCUCUCUUCCCCCUUUGGCGCUCAGUAAUUUCAACCAUUCUAGCUGUUCUUUGGUUCAACUUACUUCAGGAAUUGGAUGUGUAGUGGCUCAAAGAAUAAAGUUACUUCCUCGAAUUCGGCCAUGGACGCCAAGUUUCAGAAGCUUAACCAUGGUUCUUUCUUCUCUGCGAGUUCAAUUUUGCUUGAACUAUCGGCUUCUGAUGAUGUAGAAGGGUUCAAGAGAGAGGUUGAAGAAAAUGGUUUGGAUGUUAAUGAACCAAGCUGCUGGUAUGGCAGAGGAAUUGGAUCGAAGAAGAUGGCUUUUGAAAAAAGAACUCCAUUGAUGAUUGCUGCCAUGUUUGGAAGCUCCAAGGUUGUCAAGCACUUAAUUGGGACAGGCAAGGUUGAUGUCAACAGGGCUUGUGGUUCAGAUAUGGUCACUGCUCUUCACUGUGCCACUGCUGGUGGCUCUGGUUCUUCCCUUGAGACCAUCAAGCUCUUGCUCAACGGAUCGGCCGAUGUUGAUUGUGUCGAUGCUUAUGGGAGAAAGCCUGUUGAUUUGAUUGUUUCAGCUUGUAGGAUGGUGAGUAAUUCAGGAAGAAAGGCUAUGGAGAUGUUGUUGAGAGGAGAUGGUAUGGCUGGGGAAGGUGAUUUGAGCCUUUACCUUGAAGAAGACCAGCAGAAGAUUAUAGCUUCCCCGUCUGCAAAAGAAGGAAGUGACAAGAAAGAGUAUCCGGUCGAUGUAUCGCUGCCUGAUAUCAACAGCGGGAUGUACGGUACCGAUGAUUUCAGGAUGUAUACCUUCAAAGUGAAGCCUUGUUCGAGGGCAUAUUCGCACGAUUGGACCGAGUGUCCUUUCGUUCAUCCUGGUGAGAACGCUAGGCGUAGAGACCCCAAGAAGUACCCAUAUAGCUGCGUUCCGUGCCCCGAAUUCCGUAAGGGGGCUUGCCCAAAGGGGGAUUCCUGUGAGUAUGCACAUGGUGUCUUUGAGUCCUGGCUUCACCCUGCUCAAUACCGAACCCGACUCUGCAAGGAUGAGACUGGCUGCAACAGGAAAGUUUGCUUCUUUGCUCACAAACCUGAAGAUUUGCGCCCUGUAUAUGCUUCAACAGGCUCAGGCAUGCCUUCACCCAGGUCUCUUUCGAGCAGCGCAGCGGAUAUGUCUACCAUGAGCACAUUGACUCUUGGUUCAUCAUCGUUGUCAUUACCGACAACUUCAACACCUCCCAUGUCUCCCUUAGCAUCAGUGUCUUCCCCUACGAAUGGAAACUUGUGGCAGAACAAGAUUAACCUUACCCCUCCUGCUCUGCAACUCUCUGGUAGUCGGUUAAAGACCACCUUGAGUGCAAGAGAUUUGGAUUUUGAGAUGGAAUUGCUCGGGUUGGAAAAGAACGCGAGCCAGCUACAACAUCAGCAGCAGUUGAUCGACGAGAUAUCUCGACUUUCCACUCCUAAUUACUGGAGUGGAGAUGUAAGCAGGAGUGCCGAGUUGAAGCCGUCAAACCUUGAUGACAUGUUUGGAUCAUUAGAUUCUUCCUUGUUGUCUCAGUUGCAGGGUGGCUCGCUAAAAACCUCUCAGGUUCAAUCUCCGACCGGGAUGCAGAUGCGCCAAAAUAUGAACCAACUCCGUGCAAGUUACCCGGCUAACUUAGCAUCCUCACCUGUAAAGAAGCCCUCCUCUUUUGGCUUUGAUUCAUCAAGUGCAGUGGCAGCUGCUGUGAUGAACUCAAGGUCUGCUGCCUUUGCAAAACGAAGCCAAAGUUUCAUCGAUCGAGCUGCAGUGCCUCGUCUUCCCGGGUUUACCACAGCUGCAAACUCUGCAGCUACAAUGUCUUCCCAUCUCUCAGGUUGGAACUCACCCGAUGGCAAACUAGACUGGGGAGUACACAGCAACAAUCUCAACAAACUCCAGAAAUCUGCUUCGUUUGCCAUCCGAAACAAUGGCAUAGGAGGUCCCACAACCUUUGCACCAUCCGCAGGGGAGCCCGACGUCUCUUGGGUUAACUCCUUGGUUAAAGACGUUCCCUCCGACAGCUUCGAGCAGUUCGGUGCGAAGAAGCGGCAAUACAACCUCAAAAGAGAAAUCAACGAGAUGCUCCCAUCCUGGAUGGAGCAGCAGUUGUAUGCAGAGCAGGAGCAGAUAGUGGCAUAAGCAAAAACUGGCCAAAUCCUUUCCCUACAUUAUGCUAACAAUAUCAAGUUGAUCACAUUUCAUUCAAUAUUUGAUUACAGAAAUUAUAGCUUAAGUUAUUAGUAAAGAGACGAUUCUAGUUCAAGAAAAGCCCUGAAGUUUCGGUGUAGGGUGUCGAUCGAUCUUCAGAAAGAUCAAUAAUAAUCUGAUGAUCGGAUCAGUAAGAUAUGUUCGUAUUCAUUUCAUUGUAUUAUAUUAUAUUUGUUAAUUUUUUUUUCUUUCUCCAUUUUGGGGCUGAUUAUAAGAUGAACAUGUAUCUUUUUCACUCUAGUAUAAUGAGAAAAACAUAUAAUGUUUCCAGCAA